ACUGACUAGAUAACUAUUUCGAACUCAGAGUGACAGUUUAUUUGAUUAUAUGCAUACCAAAUUUGGAUUCCAGUUCAAAUGUAAGAAUGUUUACCAUGAUUCGUUUGGAACGUAUUUUAUGUUCACGUAGCUACUCCAUCAUCGCAAACGAUAAGUGUAUUCCAGUAGCCGUUAUCAAUUAUAAAGAAGUACUACCUCCCGAAAUUGGCUAUCAUUCAUAUAUGAACGUUACCCGGAGUAAAGAAAUUAUAUUGCAAAGUAGUGUACUUCUUUUUAUUGAUCAAUAUACCAGCUUCAUUGGCAGCUACCAAUAACCUGAAUUAAGAACGGCUAAGGCAGUAUGGGAUCCACAAAUGCCUUAUCGCUAAUGGUGGCGAUUCUACUAGUAGUGAAUAUGGCGCUGGCAGUACGAGAAGAUCCUCUUAAAAUCUUCCCACAGUUGAAACGAUCGAGGAGAACAAUUCACGGGUUUGCCGACCUCCUAGUAACUGCACAGACGGAAGUUCUACUUUCGGAAGAGACUUUCAUACAGAAAACUUUACAAGACGAGUCUGCCUUGUUGAAUCAACUGACCGGCAGUGACGUUCAAGCGAGCGGCCCAGAAUGUCUGGAUUUCAUUACAAAAAGUGUCAAUCUGUUGAUGAACCUCGCUGGUAUUGCCUACACCAACUGUUUUAAUGAUGCCGAUAAUCGAAUGUUUGCAGAACUCUCAAAAAUUCCCGAGCUUGAAUUGACUCGUUCGGAUUACGAUCAAUACAAUCUGCUGGGAGUUUUCCGAGGGGAAAACAUAUUUAUUGAUCCAAUUACGAUUCAGAAUAAACUGACAACCCGAAUGCGAGCACCGAUAAACUUACCGACGGUUGCUCCCGAGACGGAAACCGCAUUGCGUACCACAUUAGAAGAACUGAAAGCAAAUUUCCGCAUAUGUAUGAACUCCGCUCAAACGAAACUAACCGAUACCCUUAAUUAUACAUCUCAGCAGGUAAAAGCAAUUUGUGCGGGUGAAGCUUCUAAACAAAUAUAAACUUUACUUACCACCCGUCGUCUGCUUGAUGAAAUAAUCGCAUAGAAUGCGGAACGGGAUCGAUUGAAUAAAUUAUACUUUGUGAUUUACUGAAAUAUCCAA